CACGAGUUCCACAGAUCAGUUUGUACUGAAAGUGCAGCAAUGAAGACCUACAUCACCCUUGUCUCCUUCAUCACCGUGGUUUUUGCAACCACCGCAGAUGAAUUUACAAAAGCAAACAACAAAUUUGCUUCAGCCGUGUACAAAGAAAUCGCCAAAAACGAAAAUGAAAACUUCUUGAUUAGUCCAUUCUCGGCGGAAACCAUUCUAGCUUUAACUCACGCAGGGGCUAAAGGUCAAACCGCCAAAGAACUACAAAAUGCCAUCUAUCUUCCCGAAGACAACAAAAAAAUUGAAGAAGGGGUUAAAACUUUACUUCCGUCUUUGAAAGGACACGAUGCCUACACCCUUCGAACCGCCAACAAGAUGUACAUAAAAAACGACUUCCAUUUAAACCCCGGCUUCCGAAAAGUUGCAACUGAAGCCUUCUUCGCCAAUACUGAAAGCAUCGACUUUGUGCGAAACGUCAAGGCUGCUCACGUUAUGAACAACUGGGUCGAGAAGCAAACCGAGAACAGAAUCCAGAAUUUGAUAAAUCCGAGCGUUUUGAAUAAUGAAACGAGGCUCGUUUUGAUAAACGCGUUGUACUUUAAAGCCAACUGGUCGCACCCGUUUCAUCUUUCACACACGACGGAGAUCGACUUCUACAAGACUGCUACGAAUGUUGUCAAAGUGGAUGCUUUGGCUAAUGAUCACGGACAAGAAUUUCUCUUCUAUGAAUGUGGUCGUGUUAACGCGAAGUUUCUAGAAUUACCGUUUAAAGGUGGAGAGGCUUCGAUGACCAUCAUUUUACCAAAUAAGAAAGAGGGUUUGACAGAACUCGAAAAUAAUUUGGAUCGUGUUUUAAUCCCUCAUAAUCUGACGUAUCAGACGGUUGAAGUGCGAAUCCCCAAAUUCAAAAUCGAAAGCGAAAUUAACUUGAAGGAAAUUCUCAAAAAUCUGGGUGUUACAACAAUAUUUAAAGAUUUUGAAGCUGAUCUCAGUGGCAUUGCUGGUCAACGUGGUGAUUUGGUUGUCAAUGAGGUGCUCCAGAAGAGUUACAUCGAUGUUAAUGAGGAGGGAGUAGAAGCAGCUGCCGCUACGUUUUCUAUUGUUUAUGUAUCCCUGCAGGGCUUUCUCGACGAACCACAGCAAUUUUUUGCCGAGCAUCCUUUCAUUUUCUACAUUAAGGUUAAAGGAGUGAUCGUAUUCGUAGGAAGGGUUACUGAUCCUUCCAACUGAUUGUUUCUAUGUAAAUAUUUACACACAAUUUAAUAACUGAAACUAUAUCAAAAUAAAUUUGUCUGAAUUUUUUUCUGUUA